GGCAACUCGGAUUACACUGUAAAUAACUAUUAGUAAGAUCAUAAUAUAACGAUGCCACUUCUGAAAAGACGAGACUUUUGGAUAGACCAGAGCACCAAAAGAUAUACUUUUUCUAAUCAAUAUGAAAUUAAAAACGAAUUAGGAAGGUCAGUUUUUCAUUUAGCUUAAUUUUUUUUUACGUUACGUUAUUAAAAAUAAUUUGUAUUUAAAAUAUUAAAUUAUAAUUUAAAAAUUAAACUUAAUCAUUAAAUUGGGGGAAGCAUUCUAUAACUUUAAUCAAAGUUCAAUCGUUUAAAAUUCAUGCUUGGCCAUUGUGCAUUGUUAUAGUAGGCCUACUCAAAUAGAAAUGAAAAUUGUAAUUAUAAACUAAGACUAAACAUAAGCAGGCCUAUAAGUUAUAAUUAUAAGGCGUAAACUAAACCCACAGAGCAGGCCAUGCUGGUCACACUAAUGCUUUGAAUAAAUGUAAAUAAAAAGUUGUGUCCAAAAUUAUGAGUUCCUUUUUUAAAGAAAAUAUAGAUGUUCAUGAUCAUAUAUAUUUUGGUUGUUAAUUUGCUAAUAAAUCUGUUUAAUGACAAUGUAAUUACAAAAAUUAAUAAAAUAAUGUUAGCGUUUAAAAAUUCUAACUUACAAUAAUAUAUCACUAUUAAUUAUAAUUAAUAGACUGUUAGAAUUUCUUCAAAUUAACAUUAUGCUGUAAACUCCUAAAUAUAUAAUAUAUUUAUCUAACUAACUCAUUGUACAUUACAGCAUUUAUUUUUACGUUUGUUAAAUGAAUUAAACAAAGCAAAGGAUAUCAUGUCAUGUGUUUAACAUUUAAAAUUUAUAAUUGCUUUGAAAUGGUGGAUGGGCAUUUAGGGUAAUUCCGAUUUUGUUGUUUUUUUUUCGUGGAAGGAGGGCGGCAAAAAUCGUGUCCAUCUCCGGGCGGCCCAAACUCAAGCUACGCCACUAGAUACGAAGGCGAGCAUACGACCCGCCCAGGAGCCACCCCAUUUAUUCGCCUGACAUAAUUAUUUUUCAAAGUCAGCGUAUGAGUGAAUAUAUGCAAUAAAUAGAAUUACAAAUGAGUUAAAUAAAACUAGAUUUUAAAGACAAAUUAGCCUCCAUUGCAAGACCCGCAACAUUUUCAACAAAUUGUGUUUGAUCACUAUUGAGCUAUUGCAGUGGGCGGCAAAUUCAUUAGUCAAAAGAGACAAAAAUCAGCAGCAGGACGAUUAUAAUUUUUCUUGAGAGCCACAUUUCUUUUCAAGAACCUGUCAAGAACCAUGUUUUUCGGAGUCAAAACCGAUCUGUGACCUACUGGCCGAGCCGCACUCAGGUCGCUAAAGAGCCGCAUGCGACUCGCGAAGCCACGAUUUGCCGACCACUAAGUACUAUGCUAUCGGAUAAAUAUCUGCCAUGCUCGGUCAUAGUCGUCGGUGCCUCAUUGGUAUUGUCGAGAUCCGGGCGAGCUUGUGUACGUUGUGUUUACUCUAUGUAGUGUUGUGAUAAAUUGGAAUACUUUAAAAAAAAAAAAUAAAUAAAUCAAAUUUGAAAAAUCAAACUAUUUCUUAUGGGAAUAUUUGCUUUGAUUUAAGAAUGAUUUGGAUUACGAGACGGUCACUGGAACAAAUUAUGCUCCCAGCUCGAGGCUCUACUCAAUUGAUAAACAUUUAAUGAAUUUAUAUAAAAAAUGUCGUGGAUUCUUUUAAAACCAACCAGAUGUACAUCUAAUAAUUGAGCAGCCUAUUCUGAUAUCAAAAGCCAGUCGACCAUAUAAGCGGCCAACAACAAAAAACAAAAAACAAAAAAAAAUUAGAAUAAAAAAUAAUUAAGGAAACUGAAUAGCCUACACUACUAAUAAAGUUCAAUACUCUAGGAGGUCGAGAUUCUAUCUCUUAGGACCUUGGCCAUGAAACAUGGCCCAGUAGUCCCUGGGGACUCCGGCCAUGCAACACGGUCUCGAGUAAUAGGAUUUGUUGGGGAGUUUGCUUCCACUCAUGAGGGGACAGUUUUGCGUCACAACCGACCGUGCCCAAUGGGUCUUGGGGUCUGGACGUUGGGUUGGAACGGCUUUGCUUCCUCUCCGGGGAUGGCGUUGCGUUGACUCCCCCACCGCCCAGGGAGCCGUACGUUCCUUGGUGUGGCACGGCUUUACCUCCACUCGGGAGUAGUCUCGAGCUUAACUUUCUCCAAACCGUUCCUGGGAGUUGUGUGGAGGUGGGUCAGAAUGGCUUUGCUUCCUCUCCGGGGAGGUGGUGCGUUACCUCACCCCACCGUUCGGGGAGUGGUUCGGUCGGGACUGUGUCGGGACGAAACGGUCACCUAGGAGCGGCUUUCUCAAGGCAGCAUGUUUUAAUCCUCAGCAAGGGUUUUUUUUAAGAAACCCAAGCCUCAUAUCCAUUAUCGGCGACACGUAAUCAUGUUAGCGCGCAACUUCCGUUGCGUAGGAAGUCUUGCGUUUGGCCGGGAUUUUUUAGCUUCAGGAGUAACCCCCCCCCCCCCCCCUAGUCCAUCACGCCACGAAGAGGCAAAAUCCCGUGUAACACCACCGAGCCCGUGAUGCUGAGCGUCGACCUCACAGUGCUCGGUCUCGGCCCGACGGUAGCCUACACUACAAAACGACCGAGUAUUAAUAACCUGAAGAUUAAUAGGUGCAAUCAGAGUCGUCAAGUGGGCCCUGCUGUUGCAGCGGAACUACGAUUUUAAAAAAGGGUCAAUACUGUGAUGUGGAGAAAAUGUAAUUUAUCAACUUUGGAUGCAGGGGCACAAAACUUAAAAGUGGCAAAGGUGCUUUUUUUUUUUUUUGGGGGGGGGGAUUUCAAAAGUUUAGCGAUGAUUCACAGGUGCAACGCAAGUUUGCGGAAAAUGUGUGCUCACUAUGCCCAUCCAAACUUUUUCUAAAUCCUGGCUUUUUCAACAAAACUUAAAAGUGGCAAAGGUGCUUUUUUUUUUUUUGGGGGGGGGACUUCAAAAGUUUAGCGAUGAUUCACAGGUGCAACGCCAGUUUGCAGAAAAUGUGUGCUCACUAUGCCCAUCCUAACUUUUGCUAAAUCCUGGCUUUUUCCUUUUUCCAAAUCCUUUUGUAGUAAUGCGAUUUUAUUUUUCAUAAGUGGUGACAUGUCGGUAAUUAUGACAUAUGUUGUGAAACGUUUUUUUAUAAAGAUGUUUUCCUGAGAUCUUGAAGGGUGAAAGAAACGCAUUUCGGGCCGUGGGAAAUGCCUCGACCCCGGGGAAGGGGGGGGGGUGUGCAAAUGUUCAAUGAGAUGGCGCGCUUCGUUUGUGUUCCUACGGAAAUUCACCGAGACACAACCGACACAUCAUUAAGCAGAAGAUGGACACACCACGUUGCGUCGUGCGCGGGGACGUACGGUGCUGCCACUGAACGCCCAGCACCGUCUGCUCUUACAAAAAGGAUAUGGCACCGGAUGCUGAUUUUUUCCAGACAGCUCUCUAAGGUUCUUAUGUUUGACAACUUGACGCCCCGUGAGAAUAAAUACCACCGACGGUGACGCCUCUGCUUGUACCGGAGUGAACGUGUUAAAAUAUGAACCAACGUGGAAAGUGACAUCAACUGUCUAAAUAGUGCGGUCAAGAAAUGACCAGAGUAGAAAACAAGAAGUUCAAAAGACGUUGGUAUCAGUGCUGGAUUAGGACCAGCAACAGUGAGCGCCCCCAUGUUGGCACUAUGGGGCUGAUAUAUAGACCUUAAAUAGCACUUAGCUGGUAAGUAGUAUCUGUGGGCAGCAAUAGAAGUGUGUGUGAAGGAAAUUGAGAUGUACAUUGUGCCUAGUUUUUUUAAAAAGAGUGAAUGCAAGUUCCUUACAGUCGGUGGCUAAGUUCGGUGGAACAGAUACUACUUACCAGCUAAGUGCUAUUUCUUAUUUUUAUUUGUAUACCGUUUUUUCUGUUGUUUUGUUCGGUGACGAAGGCUUUCUGCUGACACGUUCGCUGUUUUGUUGCGUUUAUUUUUUCAGGUUUAACCCUACUCUGUUUUACUCAUUUUAUUUUCUUUUCUGUUUAAACAUUGUGACAUAGAGUCACCAAAAGACGACAGAUCAUUCCACUGAUGACUGCCAUCCCAGGAAAAGUAUACAAUCUGUGUAGUUUCCCUUACUUUUUCUUUUCUCCCCUUAAUUUUGUGAAUUGUUAUGUAUGGAUAUGGUCGCGAUCCCCACCAGUACUAUAGAUUACACCAUUACAUGUACGUUCAAGACCAAAUCAAUCUCCACCCCCCACACAAAAGGGAUCCCUUUUCGCGGGUCCCCUUAAAGGCGCGAGCCUCAUCUGUCUUUUUUAAAAUUUAAGUUGUAUGAGCUCAUCAUUAUUUUCUCAAUUGCGUUGCUCUAAUUCGGUGGUUUCAGUGGUUCUCAACCUUCCUAAUGCCGCGACCCUUUAAUACACUUCCUCAUAAUGUGAUGACCCCCCCAAACAUAAAAUCAUUUGUAUGGCUUCUUCAUAAAUAUGUGUUUUCUGAUGGUCUUAGGCGACCCCUGUGUAAGGGUCGUACGACCGCCAAAUGGGCCGUGACCCACAGGUUGAGAACCGCUGCUCCAAUUAAAGUAAAGUGCGGUAGUCUUUGAUAUUAAUAGUUUAAUAUGUAUUAUAUCAUUCAUGAAAACGCUUUAAAGAAAUUUUUGCUCAAAACACAAUGUUUUAUUCAAGGACGAAUUAAAAAAAAAGAAAUUUCUUCUAUAAGGGAGAUAGAUGGAGUCGUAAUAUUCUCAGCAUAAUGCAGAUUUUUAUUACCGGUACUUUUAAUAGAGUUUACAACAUAAAAUAUUUUUUAAUGUAAUGAAAAAAUGUACAGAUUUUAAAUUUCUAUGCAUUUUUAUUACAGGGGCCCAAAUUCCAUAGUAUACGAAUGUCAGAGACGGGGCCUUCAAAUGAUAUAUGCAGUCAAACUUUUAAGGAAAAAUGUAAGGUGAUCUUCCUAAUCGUUCAAAAUUAGCAACGUUUUUCCAAAACAAAUUAUUAUAAUUUUAUACUUUUCUUGAGAUGACCUCAGUGAAAAUAGUGAUGUGAUUUCUUCUUCUCCUGUAAUACUAUUACAUUAUUUCUAAUUUUAAGUAACUGAAUAUUUGUUAGCAUGUUAUAGUUAUGCCAUUCAAUUAGAUAUCUUCAAAUUUAAAGAGUUGCAUUUUAUCUCAGAUCAACAAAAAGGUUUGUCUGGCGGAUGCAGGAAUUCUUCUUAAGCUGGAUCACAGAAACUUGGUGGGUAUUAGGGUUUCUCUCCUGGGAUCCUGCAGGGUUUCUCUCCUGGGAUCCUGCACAAUUUUUUAGUGAACAAAAGACUUCCUGGGUUUACACUUGUAGAAAAUAAUUUUAUUUAAAAAAAAAAAAAAUUGUUAUAAUCCAAGACCGUUAAAAUCUAGGAACUGCGCUGAAAUACUGAGCUCGGCAGCUCUAGUACACAGGUUCUCAAGCUUUGCAAUUUACGACUAUAUUCAUAUAGAAAAGAAGCAAAAUGACCCUUACCACGAUAAAUGUCUUUUAGAUGGGGUCGAUUCCAGGAAAGGUAAUCAUUUUAAAACUUAAUUUUCCAGUAUAAUGUAAUUGGCGGACAUAUUUAAUAUCAUGUUUCAAAUUUCAGCUAAAACUUUUAGGCGCCAAUUAAAAAGAAAGCUAUUUUAGAAAUCACUACUUCUCUUAGUCUGUUGUUUCAGCCGGCGACCCCAGAAAAAUUCCUUCGCAAUCCCAUUGGAGAUCUGUACCCUAUAGUAACUUGAUUACCGCAAGAUAUUCAUGUCUCAAACUAUCAAUAGAUUAUGUAGUUUUUUUUCUUCCAAAAUUAACAUAGUAAGACAUAAUAUGCAUUGCAUAUUAUAUAGAUACAUGCAUUAACCAAGGAGAAAGGGAAGCAGCUGGUUAGUGGGGUAUGAAUGUACCCGAUCCCUUUGGUGGGAAAGGAAACAAUACAAAUUUAAAAGGAAUCACUAUAUUUUUUCCUUGUGCGUGUGUUUCUUGUUUGUUAUGUUAGGAAAAACAAAUGACGCUUUUAUUUUUUUGUCUGGGGUUUUGCUGGAAUAGAACACCAAUCAGGCCCGGACUUAGACUUGUUGAGGCCCAGAGGUAUAAAGAAAAUGUCCAUAGGCCCCUCAUGGGCGCCCGCAGAAAAAUUUCUAGGGGGGGGGGGCAAAAAAAUCGAUUAACUUAAGUAAUGUUUUAAUAUAGUUUUAAUUUACUGCAGCGUAUUUGUAUGGUGAACGAAAGGACAGGACAUCAGCUUAGUUACUUUCUCUUUAUUUUCUCUUUAAUUAAAUAAAUUUUUUGUCUAUUUUGUCUAAAAAAAUUUUAUCCAAUCAAUCCAGGGGGGGGGGGCAAGUGCCCCCCCCCUUGUCGCUACCUGCGGGCGCCCAUGAGGCCCCUUAACCUUUUAAAUUUCGUCAUCUGAUCAAAGAAAAAUUAAAAAUAUACAGUCGGCAGAUUGUGAGGCCCUAAGAUAAGUGAAUUCGGUACUGACACCAAUCCUCACUUUAUGCCACAUUGACACCGAUCCUCACUUUAUACCACACUGACACCAAUGCUCACUUUAUGUCACACUGACACCAAUCCUCACUUUAUGCCACACUGACACCAAUCCUCACUUUAUGCCACAUUGACACCAAUCCUCACUUUAUGCCACACUGACACCAAUCCUCACUUUAUGCCACACUGACACCAAUCCUCACUUUAUACCACACUGACACCAAUCCUCACUUUAUGCCACACUGACACCAAUCCUCACUUUAUGCCACAUUGACACCAAUCCUCACUUUAUGUCACACUGACACCAAUCCUCACUUUAUGCCACACUGACACCAAUCCUCACUUUAUACCACACUGACACCAAUCCUCACUUUAUGCCACACUGACACCAAUCCUCACUUUAUUCCACACUGACACCAAUCCUCACUUUAUGCCACAUUGACACCAAUCCUCACUUUAUGCCCCACUGACACCAAUCCUCACUUUAUGCCACACUGACACCAAUCCUCACUUUAUGCCACACUGACACCAAUACUCACUUUGUGUCACACUGACACCAAUCCUCGCUUUAUGCCACACUGACACCAAUCCUCACUUUAUACCACACUGACACGAAUCCUCACUUUGUGUCACACUGACACCAAUCCUCGCUUUAUGCCACACUUACACCAAUCCUCACUUUAUGCCACACUGACACCAAUCCUCACUUUAUGCCGAUUAAAUACCAGUGCCAAACCCACAGAAGUUGCCAAGGUCCCGGGUGGGGGUUGCUUCCACCCCUCACGGUUGUGGAGGAUAGAUUACAUUUUUAACUAGUUACCAUUAACAGGAAUAAGCAAUGGACAAUGAAGCAACUAGUAGCAAGUAACCAACCUCUCAAACAACAUAAACACUUAAAAAAAAGUAAUUAAUAAAGAAAUAUCCGUAAAGUAAAGACUUAAUAUAAAUCAGUUCUUUUAUAAUUUAAUUAAGUUUAUAAUACAUUAUGGGAAAUCCCUCGAUGAACAAAACUUUAUAACCUAAUCCCGGGAAAUGAGAAACACUUAUGGGUAUAACUAGUGUAAUGGUACACACAUUGUUGCGGUCUAUAGGUUCAUAGUUCAGGCUUGUUUGAUACGCAUAAAAUGUUUUUUUACCAAAGAUUUACUCAAAGGUAUAAUAUACGACAAAAUAUUACGUCUUGGGAAUUCAGUUUAGAGUUAGACUCUAAAUGUUGCAAUAUAACGUCUUCAUGAAAGUACACUUUUUUUUUUUUUUGGAGUAUGUAUUAACCACGGAUUUGGAGCAGGACUUUUAGGCAUCAGCUUCGCUCCGAGCUCCGGCAAAAUUACAAAGGGAGGAGGGGUGGUUGAGGGGGGUGGUUGAGGGGGUGCUAAGUGUAGGCCUAUAUUAUUGUCACCGUCCCAUCUUAUUAACUAGACAAAGAAAUGCAUGUACCGGGUACCAGCAACAUGGUCGUAAAAUAGGGGAGGAACGUAGUUCUAUAAAGUAGUUGGGUGAGAGAAGUGGUAGAAAAUUGGGGCAAUAUGGGUUGUAGAAGAAUGUGUAUAACAAAGCUGGUAAAAGAGUGGUGCAAUAGCUGGUAGAAGAGUAGGGCUGCAUAGCUGGUAGAAGAGUAGGGCUGCAUAGCUGGUAGAAGAGUAGGGCUGCAUAGCUGGUAGAAGAGUAGGGCUGCAUAGCUGGUAGAAGAGUAGGGCUGCAUAGCUGGUAGAAGAAUAGGGCUGCAUAGCUGGUAGAAGAAUAGGGCUGCAUAGCUGGUAGAAGAAUAGGGCUGCAUAGCUGGUAGAAGAAUAGGGCUGCAUAGCUGGUAGAAGAAUAGGGCUGCAUAGCUGGUAGAAGAAUAGGGCUGCAUAGCUGGUAGAAGAAUAGGGCUGCAUAGCUGGUAGAAGAAUAGGGCUGCAUAGCUGGUAGAAGAAUAGGGCUGCAUAGCUGGUAGAAGAAUAGGGCUGCAUAGCUGGUAGAAGAAUAGGGCUGCAUAGCUGGUAGAAGAAUAGGGCUGCAUAGCUGGUAGAAGAAUAGGGCUGCAUAGCUGGUAGAAGAAUAGGGCUGCAUAGCUGGUAGAAGAGUAAUGCAACAUAGCUGUAAAAGAGUGUGAAACCAUAGUUGUAUAAGAGUGGGGAAAAUAGUUGUAAAAGAGUUGGGAAACAUAGUUGUAAUAGAGUGGGGAACAUAGCUGAUAGAAUUAUAGGAAAUCAAUUUAAAACAAUACAUAUUUUUUAAAAUAAAAAAUUCAAAUUAUAUAUUAUAAAAAAAUGUAAAUUAUUUUUUGAAUAAAUUGUAGAGCUCGGAUCAGUAAGAAAUGUUACCAGCACUAGCCACGCUUUAGCACGAAAUCUCUUGUAUUAAACUCAUUGUUACAAUUAUUAUUAUUUUAAUGUGGCUGUCGAAAGUCAUCUAGCUAGCUCCCACCCUGGAUGAGUUAAGAUUUGGCUUAAUCUGACAUUCCCAAACAAAUAUAACGAAGAAUUUAGAAGCAGCGCUGGAACGUUUUGAAUUGCAUAAAGAUCAAGGAGCUCUUCUUAUAAACACAUGCUCCACUAUUAUUGUAUCAACAGGUGAGGCUGCAAGAAAUAUUUGAGACCAGGAAUCGCAUAUACAUAGUACAGGAGCUUGUCAGUGGUGGAGAGUUGUUCGAAAGGUUGUUAUAAAUAUUAGGAAAUGGCAUAUGUCAAUAGAAAGGGCAAGUGGAGUUUACCGUUAUUGAUUCUUGCGCUUUAAUGGAGAUUAUUGCUAAAAGCUUUACAAUUACCAGAUUAAAAAGGUUUACAAUAGUGUGUAUGUCAAUUACGGCACAGUGGAUUAUGUAUGUUACAACAAGAAGAAUGUGAAAUCCAGGAUUUUUAUAUGUGGAAAUGCGCCCCUUAAUAUUAAAAAGGUAACACACAAUCGUUUGUUCUGAGUGUUCAUGUAACAGAUUGGGUAAAACUCAGGGUAAAACGUACACACCCACUGAAAUUUAAAAAAAAAAGCACAAGGGUGUUUUCUGGGAACUCUUCAUGCUAGUUUCACUCAUACAAGGCGAUUGACCAUCCCUUGACCAACACGUGACCCGCCUUGUUAGAAGGCGGAGUACUCAAAGAGGUGUGUGUGUGUGAUCUCGUUGAGGCUGGUCACAUAUGCACUGGAUAACUAUAUCCUCUUGGUUCUGUAUCUGACUUAGUUGCCAUUCUAUAUGUCCACUCAAGUCCUAUAACAGGGAGGUCGUAUCUGGCCAUUCUAAAAAAAAGCCCGUGCAUUCAUAUAUCCUUGUUCAUUUAUCGAGUACAUUUUAUUUUGUGAUUGUAAUGGGCGAUUCCAAUACAUUACUGAUUAAAUUUAAUUACUUGUCGAGCUUAUUGAGUGUACCCCUUAACAAUGAUAUCACUAGAGUUAAACAUGUGCCACAUCUUUUAUAGACCAAUGUGUGCGUGCGUUCACAAUGACAAUCUAUAAUUUACACCUUUCUAGUUACACAUGCCAUAAAGCGCUAAGUCUUAAAUAGAAUCAAACCAGUAUCCAGCUAAAGUGCCUAUAGGACUUAAGUUAAACGUAAUGAGAUGCGGUUAGUCGUACACAGCCCUGGUGUGUGCGUUAUUAUAAUCCUACCAGUGAUUCAAGUAAUAUCAUUAUAGUAUCUUAUGUUUCAGUCGCGUAGCUAUAGUUUUUACCGCCAGUGGUGGACUUAGAGGCCCCCCCCUCCCUUUUUCACGAUAAGCUCAAACAAUGCACAUAAGAAAUAGACCACCCGGCAUAUCAAGGGGGUAGAGGGGCGCCAUGAACUCAUUCACAUGAACAUUUUUACAUGACAUAUGUCAUAAUUCGUACAGUAAAAUAGUGUUAAUAUAGUAUCGCCUCCUGACCCCUUGACAAAUACUAAAUCCAAACCUGAAUAUGACACAAGUAAUUUAGACAAUAAGGGAAAAAUGACAUACUUGCAGCGAUGUCUCCCACAUAUCCAUAGUGCCAUAUUCAGAACCAAGAAAGCUUAAAGUUCACAUUCACACUGUAUCUUCAUUAUGCCAUUUACAAUAAUAAUUGGAAUGAAGACUGAGAAAUACACCAAUUAACAUUUCUAUUUUAUUCAGGAUAGUGCAGCCUGGAAGUAAUUACUCUGAGCAAGUUGCUUCAAGGGCGAUAAGAGAUGUAGUUAACGGACUGAAGGUGAGUAGUUUUAUUUAAUCUUAUAAACGAUCUGAAAACAAAAUCGAUUUAGCUGGUUGAUUACAUUGGUUAUCAUGGAACAAUCCUUGUGAAAAAUAUUGCGUAGAUACUGAGGAGGUACGGCUAUGUUGGAAGAUAAGAAAAUUUUUUCUGUAGGUGUGUAAAAGAAUUGGCCAGGGCUGGUGUACAUAUAAAAAAAAUCAUAUUUUACUGUAAUUAUUUAUAAAUUUCGUAGUUUGCAUUCUAAUUGACUCUGCCCCUGAAAAGGGAAAAUGAAGAACUCAAGACCGACACAUUCGAAGACAAGCUCGGUCAACGCAGAUAAGUAAGUCUAAAACAUAGAGAAAUUGAACAAGUCCCGACAACUGUCUCAGGAGACAUUGAAAACAACAGCAGUUGGGACCACAUGCGAUAAUUUUCAACGCAACUUUCACUCGGAACGAACUGUAAAGGGUGAGAAAUAGAUGUAUAACAGCCACGGCUAAAUAGCUCGCGUGCAUGAAUUGGGGUGUUGGUUCAGGACCACUCGCGCUCUUUUCCUUAGUUAUUGCAUAACCGUCCAAUGCUUUGCAAAACUGCACUGGAAACAAUUGGCGGGAAAUACAGAAUCAGGCCCUGACAUUCAUUUGUGGCGCUUUUUAAAACCACACCCCCAGCUGCUGCGGAAAUCUUAGCAAACGUUGAGUUUCUAGUUAUACAAAGGUUGAAAUCAAUACUAACAAUAGAGGAACACUGCUUCCAAAUGCGGAAUGAUUGGAUGGCUUGGAGUAAAUUCAAAAGGUCAUCAUUUAUGUAUCACGUUGUAGAACUUGACAGGACAGUCAAAAUCCCCACGAUCUGAGAAGCAAUGAUCUCCAUACCAGUUAACACCCCACAUGCGGCACCUACGCGUCCCAAAAUGGUGGUUCGUGAGUACGGCGCUCUCAUCCUAUACCCAAUAGGAGGGCCACCAAAGGAAGAUAUUGCAGGGCCCCGUUGGACCACAUCGUCGAAUUUCGACGCGGAGCUUGACGCUUUACACAGGGCACUGGAAAGUGUGGACAGUACGUUGCAGGAGUGGGGGCUUGUAGUAAUUUUCUCCGAUUCAAGAUCUGCUCUUGAGAUCUUGGAGGUAAGGUUACGGUGCAAUGGGUUCCUAGCCUAGUAAACACGAAGGUAAAUGAAAGAGCGGACACACUGGCAGUCCCAGUCCCAACUAGAAAUCCAAAUCACUCAUCUUGGCAGGCGGAAACUUUAGAACAAAGUGGUAUGGAUAGUGGACAGACAGCACGAAGGUCAGAGGUGUAUACUCUAACAUGCCACAACCAAGCAGAACGGACCCCUGGUGGAAACUGUGUCGCUGAGUCUGGUGACCCAGAUGCGGAUGGAACAUUGCCAUUUUCACUCUUACUUUAACAUCUAUACAAAAAUAGGGCCCUUACUUGACAGCACUGUAGGCUGUCCUGAGAGAUAGUAGCGCACCUGCUGACUUCGCGCCCCAAGCUCGACGUUUAGGGGGGGGGGGGGCAGGUGGGCGGUAGAGACUUUGUUUCAGAAGAUGUUAUGUGGCACAGCCCAACAAAUGGGGCAUGGUGUCACAGUACUAGGGGGGGUAUUUAAGAGUGCAAGCUAAAGCUCCAGAGAGAUAGUAGCGCACCUGCUGACUUCGCGCCCCAAGCUCGACGUUUAGGGGGGGGGGGGGCAGGUUGGCGGUAGAGACUUUGUUUCAGAAGAUGUUAUGUGGCACAGCCCAACAAAUGGAGCAUGGUGUCACAGUACUAGGUGGGGUAUUUAAGAGUGCAAGCUAAAGCUCCCUUCAGAAUAUGAAUGUUAGUCAGUAGCUGCUUUCCUGGCUGCAAUAUAACUUUUCUGAGCUGCUGUAAUUUUUUGUUGUUGAUUAUUUAAAUUAAUAAGACGUUAUCAGGUUCCUUUAACCAAAAGCCUAAAUCGCUUAAUGGGGUAAAGCGUCGGGGGAAGGGAGAAGUAUUUUUAUAACGCAUUUACAUGUGAGUCUACGUACAGUUUAUGUUUGGGGGGAAAGUAAGUGUCCGCAAAGCUAUGCAGUAAAAAAAGCGAAGUGGGUUAUGUGAAACUUGUUUGUACAUAAAAAUUAUAGAUGGCGUGAUCCCCAACCAAUUCAAUACAUCAUCUGUACACAAUCUAAGCGGUGUACGAAGGCUACUUGUCACUUAAAAAUUUAAAUCAUCGAGAGCUCAUGUACAGCCUACUUGUUAAUGGACUGUCCUGGUAGCUCUUCAACAUACCCGUGAUAGUUCAUAUACAGAUUUCCAUGGAUUCCACUAGAAACUGGCAGACUGGUUUAUGCGUUGAAUUUUUUUUUAUGUUAAAAUGUUGAACAGCCCUUAAAUGUGACCACAUAAUAACUGUUAUAUCCACGUGGGAAAAAAAAAACUCUUCAAAACCUUUCCAUUAAUCCGACAGCUACCCAUAAUCAACUGAUCCUUUUUGACUGAGUCAGUAUCAGACCGUCAGACGCCUACAAUAACAAAGACACAAUGGCGAUCAUUAGAGGGACAAUUUUAUUGUUUUAAAAACAGUAGAUUUGUUUCUUCAUAUAAUUUGAAUUUGCUUUCUUUUCUUUCAGUAUCUUCACUUCUUUGGAUACGCCGUAAAAAAUCUAAAGGUAUAAUCUCUCUAUAUAUAAACAUAAAAAAAUCUUAACCCAUUCAGGACUAAUGAGCUACACUCAUAAAGUAUGCUCACUGUCUUGAACAUUGGCACGUUAUGAUUAUUAAAUAAACAAUCUUGGAAAUUAUUAAUACUUAAAAGGUAACAAAGCAAUGAUGUUUGAAGAGGUUUUACAUUGUAGUGAAAACGCACACGCACGCACACACACACACACACACAAACCAAACCACAAAAGUAAUUCACGGAAAAAAACAACAUUUUAAUCAAUUAAUAUUUUGGUUUUAGCCUGAAAAUUUGGUGUAUGAAGAUCAUUCAGAUGAUGCUCAUGUCAAAAUUGGUAAGAUGUACCUUCCCUCAACAAUUUAUGUUAUAUUUGGCAGAAUCUCAUGAAAUGAUAGCUGACAUUUAAAAUCUUGUAGACAACAUUUGACUAUUAAGUGUGCUCGUUCUGAUGUUAAUUAUUUUUUUAACAUACCGUAUUUAUCAGCGUAUAACACGCACAGGCGUAUAACACGCACAGGCGUAUAACACGCACAGGCGUAUAACACGCACAGGCGUAUAACACGCACCAUUCGCGCCGCUAUGCGGUACGUACUAUGGGUCCUUAACAUUAUAUCUGCAUAUAACACGCACACAUCAUUUGCCCUCUUAUUUUCAGGGGGAAAAAGUGCGUGUUAUACGCCGAUAAAUACGGUACUUUGAUAGGAAAGUGUUGACAUGGCAAAAUUAUGACAUUACAUUACAGUGGGUUUUAGAUCUCAUAUCUUGAUCAGUUUAACAAUCAGAACAGUCAUAAACCAGCAUUGUCCUUAAUCUGUGCUUCAGCGAAAUCCAAGAUAAUGUCAUGGGCAUAUAAUCUUUAUCAUUGAUUCAAAAUUAAAACGGUGAGUUAGAAAGUCCUUAGUUCUACAUGCAUGGGAGACAUUUGUGAAUCAGUGCUGUCAUGAUUUUGAAAUACUCUUUAGAAUAUGUUGUAACUAAAGCUUAAGAAAAAAUUAAUACAUAUGAAAUAGUUUAUAAAAAAAUUCACCAACACUGUUAAUUUUUUAGCUAUUUUGUCACUUUAAAUUAAAGACGUGCUUUGUUAGUGUGCCAAACACAUUUUAAAUAAUUUUAAUUGGAAGAAUGUUUUGGAUGGAAAUUCCUUUGCGAGUAUUUUGUUUACAUGCAUCAACCGACACAAUUCAACUCUCAUCUCAUGCUCCUCACUUCGUGAUGACCUACCCACAGCUGACUUCGCCAUGUCUUCGAUUGUCAGUCCAGAGCUAGAAAUAGCAGCAACUUGCAGAUUUCCGGGCUACACAGGUUUGCAUUUUAAAUAAAAAUUUGAAAUUGUUUAUACGUUUCUUCUUUCAAACCUUUGAAAUUAUUUACACUCUUCCAAUAGAUUAACAGCUUUCUCAUUUUGUCUUCCGAUCAUAAUAAUCAUUGACCAUAAUUGUGGUUGCUUAAAUUUAACUGUACCCAGAUUGGUUGGACUGAUUGAGUGGCAGAUAAGCGGUACUCCGCUCAAUCGGGCCAUUUUUGUCAAUUAAUCGGUUGUCGGCCUUUGCACCGAUUUAUCGGCUUAUUGCAAAUACUUUAGUAUAUUCCUAAAAACAGCUUACCCUACUGAAAACAGUGUGCGUCAAAAGUAAGAGCACUGGAACUGUCGCAUUUUGAACCCGUAUUUGAAGGCGUACGUGUGUUUGUCAAUGGUGCGCAGCUCCAGUCGCCCCGUGCUCCCUGAGGUAUCCAGCAAGUUGUGUAGGGGCAGUUAGUUGUUGGAAACAUAAUUUCAUAGUUGAGCCCUAUUUUCGCUCACACUGAAUCGGUCUUGAAAGGGGCAAAGGUUCGAAAAAGGGGGCAGGACAAUGCCGAGAGAGAUUUAUAAGACGGCACCAAGUGAUACCGUUAUGCUGUCCAUUGUUAACACAUUUCGUCGUCACGGAAGUGUAGUGUCUCAACGGAAGGGUGAAACUGGUCGGCCAGAAACUGUUCAGACAAAUAAGAGUCACGCACGUUGUAUGCAGCAAUCUACAUUCGCUCCUACGAAGUCUACGACGGACAACUUUGAAACUGAAGAUCAGCUAUACGUUCGUUCGCCGUUUGACUAAAGACAUCAAUAAAACCGUUCGCCCUUUGGUCUAAUGACAUAAAUAAACCCUUUCGCCCUUUGGUCUAAUGACACAAAUAAACCCGUUCGCCCUUUGGUCUAAUGACAUAAAUUAACCCUUUCGCCCUUUGGUCUAAUGACACAAAUAAACCCGUUCGCCCUUUGGUCUAAUGACAUAAAUAAACCCUUUCGCCCUUUGGUCUAAUGACACAAAUAAACCCGUUCGCCCUUUGGUCUAAUGACAUAAAUAAACCCUUUCGACGUUUUUAAUCUAAGGACAUAGAGACAUCCUUUUGUCGCUUGUCUAAGGACAUGGAUCAACUCAAAGGUUCACUUAUUCAUCUUUAAGACGCAUUAUUUUGAUUUUUUUUUUUAACGUUCAAGAAAAAAAAAUUCGAACAGAUUGUCAAUGAGACCGGUUUGCCAUGAGACCUACUUCGCCUUAUGGCCAUUGUAUGAACAAUUGAAUGACGUCAUUCUCUAGUAUGAGCCAGUGAUUCCCAACGUGAAGAGUUUGCCCCACCGGUUUGGGGUGGGGUAGUUGGAGGCAAUUUGAAUAUUUUUGGGAGGGGGUUAUUUAGUUUCAAAGCAAGGGCGCCCGCAGGGGGGCAAAGGGGGGCAUUUGCCCCCCCCCCUGGAUUGAUUGGAUAAAAUUUUUUUAGACAAAAAUAGCAAAAAUUUUUGUUAAAGUAAAGAGAAAAUAAAGAGAAAUGUAACUUAGCUGAUGUCCUGUCAGUUCGUUCAUUAUACAAAUACGCUACAGUAAAUUAAAACAACAUAAAAACAAUACUAAAUUUUCUUAACAAAGAACAUGAAAACAAACAUUAAAACAUCAACAAAGAACAUGAAAACUAACAUUACCCCCCCCUUGUAAAGUUAAUCGAUUUUUUGCGCCCCCCCCCUAGAAAGUUUUCUGCGGGCGCCCAUGUUUCAAAGUACUAAAAACAGUAAUUAAUCUGUAAUCGGCCCUCUCGAUAAUCAAUGCAACCUUUGAAUUACAACACUUCUGUUGUUUUUGUGUGUGCAGCACCUGAGAUCAUGAAAGGCUUUCGAGCUGACCGAGCAUCAGAUAUGUGGUCCUUGGGAGUUAUAAUUUUCAUUCUGUAAGUAGUUUUUAAUCCAUAACAGAUCUUUAAAAAAAUAUAAAGAAUCUAAUUUGAAUAAUAGAAGCUUAUGAAAAUAUCAGGGUGAAAAAUAAUCUGCUACUUAUCAUGUGUUUUAUGUUUUAUCUUUAGAAAACUUAUCAAACACAUGACAUAAAUAUCAAUGGGUUGCUGGUAGUUGAUUGUCCUGUUAUUUAUGGCGAAGUUCAUCAAAAUAAAGUAUAAUCUCAAACACAGAUUGUUUGGAUAUGAUAAAGUAUAAUCUCGAACACAGGUUGUUUGGAUAUGAGCCGUUCUCACAUGAAGAUCCUGUAGCCCUCUUCAAGAAAAUCAUCAAAGGACAGUUUGAGUUUCCUGCCCAUGAUACCCAUGAGGUGGACGAAGUCAGUGUCAUAGGGAAGGUAAGUGUUGCUCUUCAUCAUUGGGAAGGUAAGUGUUGCUCUUUAUCAUUGGGAAGGUAAGUGUUGCUCUUCAUCAUUGGGAACGUAAGUGUUGCUCUUUAUCAUUGGGAAGGUAAGUGUUGCUCUUCAUCAUUGGGAAGGUAAGUGUUGCUCUUCAUCAUUGGGAAGGUAAGUGUUGCUCUUUAUCAUUGAGAAGGUAAGUGUUGCUCUUUAUUAUUGGGAAGGUAAGCGUUGCUCUUUUUCAUUGGGAAGGUAAGUGUUGCGCUUUGUCAUUAAGAAGGUAAGUGUUGCGCUUUAUUAUUGGGAAGGUAAGUGUUGCUCUUUAUCAUUGGGAAGGUAAGUGUUGCUCUUCAUCAUUGGGAAGGUAAGUGUUGCUCUUCAUCAUUGGGAAGGUAAGUGUUGCUCCUUGUUAUUGGGAAAGUAAGUGUUGCUCUUUAUCAUGGGAAGGUAAGGGUUGCUCCUUGUUAUUGGGAACGUAAGUGUUGCUCCUUAUCAGCCCAGCCUAUCAUUGUUUCAUAACAUUAACACCCAAUUAUUGAACUUGUAUAGGACAUGAAACACUGCUGAUGACUUAUGAUUUUUUACCAGAAAUAUUUCACUAGUUUACAAAAUAAUAUUUUUCAUUCACAUGUUCCAUUUAAAAUAACUGUUGCUUUUAAUAAUUUAGAGGCAUUGCUUAUAUUACCCUUAGAAUUAAGGGAAUAUAUAAUUGGAAUAUGUAAUUCGAAACAUUAUUCAUCUCUAAUUUUUAUGUUGUUAAAUGGUUUAGUUUGCCAAGCAGGAGCAUCUGUUAGCUUGAGCCACCAAUUUAAAAAGAACAACAAAAAAUCCUUCUUUGUGACCUAGUUAAAAAAAAUCAUUCUCUGUGACCUAGUUUUAAAAAAAAAUACUUCCUUGCGACCACUUUGGAACAGUUAGAGAACAACAUGUAAUGGCAGUCAGAAAUAAAUUUUGUCAAUAAAAAACAGUUGUAAAUUUAACCAACAACAGUUUUUUUUUAAAGAAAAUCAGUUUUUCUGUCAACGUGUUCAUAAAAUAUAACAGAGAUACAAGAAGAGUUUUUUCACAUUUUUUUUCAAGAAUACUUUAAACACAUCUGGGAAAAAAAUAGAAGAGAAUUUAAUUAUUUUUCAGGAUUUAGUUCGCAAGUUGCUUCAAGUGGAUCCGAAAGACAGAUUGACGGCGGAGAAGGCUUACAGAAACAGUUGGGUCAACAGCGUGGCCGUCAAAUCUAAGCCUCUGGAAUUUGUCGUGGCAAAGAUCAGAGACUUAAACGCGACCAGGAAGCAAAAAGCCCUGCUGCCACCACUCAGUGUUAGCACGAUACACUCACAAGUCAGCCAGGGCUACCUGUUCUUAGUCAAGCCACGAAGUGCCACACAGGAAGCCGAGACAACAGAGACGGCUAUUCAGCACUCCAAAGAAACGUCAUUCACGGAUGUGCAGGAUGGUACUAAGAGCUAUGAGCAAUCUGAAGCUGGCUAUGACUUGGAUGAGAUACCAUCCCCAUCGAUUGAAGCAGCAUAGAGCUCUUGCCUGGGAGUCUGAGCUCUUCAAGAUCAAAUGCAACGUCCAUUUUUUUGAGUUAUCUGAGCUGGGUAGGCCACUCAUACCUGGUUUAAGAAGAAUUCAUGAAUGCAGUUAGCAUGAUUUGUCCACACUAAAACCAGCUGAAAACUACAACAGUUUAUAUAGUUGGAGAAUCAAAGAAUUGAAAUUUACCAUCGUAUCUUAACUGUUAUGUUAGAUAGACGCACUACAAAACAUGUAAAGACAUCCUCACAUGCUCCUUAAUGUGAAGGUCUGUGGCAUCGUACUUUUAAAUGUAGAAGAUGAAAGAGACGUAAACUAGUUGCCACCAAGCAGCCUCCAAAAUUUAUGACCGUUUUCAUAUUUUGUCUUUCUACAUAAAUCAAAUCAUGCAAUAUCAGCAACAAACAGGCUGCAGGGAUCACAGAUAGAAGUCUUUGUUUCUCAAUUCACGCGCUACUUUCUUCCUGAGCUUGCCCCUUCUUUGCAUUUUGGCAUAACGAGCUACGAAUAAAUCAGGCAGCUUAGUUGGUGCAAAGACCUGUUAGUAAACACGCCAAUUCUUAUAGUACAACAGUGUCAGCCGCAUGGGGUGGGCCAACCUCAUUAAAGCUCCCUGUUUCUGUAAGACAUGCAAAGUUGUGUUGAACUGUGUAUCACCAUAAAGUAUUUUAGAUUGGACGCGUGUGAUACUGGCACAUAGCAGUUCAUAGCAGUUCAUUGCUACAUGGAAAUGCGCUCAUGGCUUUUUGUUUUUCUGGUUGCAUCCACUAACAGCUGAUAUUAUUGCCAUCUUUGUUGGUGUGUCAUCAGUCGGUCUACGUUUUGAAAGUAUCCAUUUCUUUAUAUUAAACAGGGUUUAUCACAAUCUCAUGUAAGCAGCUGUUCGGUAAAGAUGUUUCUCUGAAUGAGACAUUCUAUAUAUGGGAAAGGACGUAAGAAAUGCGCACAUUUAUUGCAGUUAUGACAGCCAUAAUGCAUACAAUGUCGUAUUAUUAACUCAUUGCUGUCAUACAGUAUAGAUUGUCAUAUUGACACAUGGCUGUCAUACAGUAUAGAUUGUCAUAUUGACACAUGGCUAUCAUACUGUAUAGAUUGUCAUAUUGAUACAUUGAUGUCUUACUGUAUAGACUGUGAUAUUGACACAUUGCUGUCAUGGUGUUUAGAUUCUCAUAUUCACACACUGCUUUCAGUGAAGAGAAAAAAAGAGAGGGUAAUUUUGUAAUUUUUUAAUAAGCGUUAGUCGAUCUUUACUCCUAAAUACACACAUUAUUAAUUGCUAUGACAUAUAGGCUAACACUGCAUCUAGCCAUUGUUCCACACACACGAGGUAACAAUGCAUCUAGCCAUUGUUCCACACACAGACACACAAGCUAAAAUGCAUCUAGCCAUUGUUCCUCACACAGACACACGAGCUAACAAUGCAUCUAGCCAUUGUUCCACACACACGAGGUAACAAUGCAUCUAGCCAUUGUUCCACACACAGACACACAAGCUAAAAUGCAUCUAGCCAUUGUUCCACACAUAGACACACGAGCUAACAAUGCAUCUAGCCAUUGUUCCACACACACGAGGUAACAAUGCAUCUGGCCAUUGUUCCAAAAACACGAGGUAGCAAUGCUUCUUACCAUUGUUCCACACACAGACACACAAGCUAACAAUGCAUCUAGCCAUUGUUCCACACACAGACAGAUGAGCUAACACUGCAUCUAGCCAUUGUUCCACUCACACGAGCUAACGAUGCAUCUAGCCAUUGUUCUACAAACACACGAGCUAACAAUGCAUCUAGCCAUUGUUCCACACACAGCCACAUGAGCUAACAAUGCAUCUAGCCAUUGUUCCAAAAACACGAGGUAGCAAUGCUUCUUACCAUUGUUCCACACACAGACACACAAGCUAACAAUGCAUCUAGCCAUUGUUCCACACACAGACAGAUGAGCUAACACUGCAUCUAGCCAUUGUUCCACUCACACGAGCUAACAAUGCAUGUAGCCAUUGUUUCACACACAGACACACAAGCUAACAAUGCAUCUAGCCAUUGUUCCACAAUCAGACCUACAAGUUAACAAUGCAUCUAGCCAUUUUUCCACACACAGACCUACAAGUUAACAAUGCAUCUAGCCAUUGUUCCACACUAUUUUUAAAUUUAAAGCACAAGUCUGCACAUUAAAAACACGAUCUUAUGUAAAUGAAUUAUGUUUUUUUUUUUAACUUUUCAUUAAAAUAUAGAUGGUUGUCGAGCG